AUGGCUGACAGGAGAGGCGGCUUACCUGAUGUGCUUCCUGGAAAUGUGGAAAGAAAACUGCGCAAGGCCUAUACUGGGUUCCGGGCAAGCCAUAUAACUCGUGAGGGUAGCCCGAGAGAGCCAUUCUCGGUGAUAUACACUGGCUUCUGGGGUUGCCGCACAUUUGGUGGUAAUCCGGAUAUCAAAGCCUUGAUACAGUGGUGCGCCGCAUCUCUUGCUGGUAGCUCAAUGAAGUUCAUAUGCUCAACUUCAGAACAGCAUGCAUUUGCAGUUAAUUUACGAAGCUUCAUUGAGUACGCUUCUACCAAUGGCAUUAGAACGGACGAACUCCUGCGGAUAUUACUAGACCUGACGCCAGGUGACCUUGACGGCCUGCAACAUCCCAUAGAGCAUGUCCUCUAA